CGGCGGCCGCCCAGGAGCUGGGGGAGGACGGUGGCCCGCGAGGCUCGCCGCAGACAACGCGGCGGCGAUGUCCCCGAGCCAGGCGGGUGCCGCGGCGGCAGCGGCGGACCCUCGCGCGCGGCCAGGCGGCCUGGGCUUCGGCCUCCCUCCGGUUCCUAGGACGCGGGCCGGCGGCCAGCGCGGGAGCAGCGGCAGCAGAAGCGAAGGCUGCGGCGCGUCUCUCUCCUCCCGAGCAGCCUAAGCCCCGGGAGGCCAGGCGGACGGGGUGGUGGCUGGCGGGGGUCCGCUGCCCGAGAAUGGGAAUUCUCUUCACCAGGAUAUGGAGACUGUUCAAUCACCAGGGGAAGGAAGAGAUGCCGUGUCCGGCGUCCCGGAGUGGCACCGCCUGGCCUUUCAGCCCCUUCCCUCCAGCAGUUGGCGUUGCACACCCCGAGAAAGGCUGGGGUUCUCCGGGCUGAAGGCGGCAGGUGGUGGCCCCAGCCGCGCCGCGGAGCCACCGAGGGUGGCGGAAUUCGGAAAACGGGGGAUCGCUCUUUACUUGUCCAGGGUGAUGAGCCUUCCCUGCGCCCCACUCUCCUGUGGGAACAUUCGGCUGAGCCUGAAUAGUGAUGGAUCUCCCCCCCUGUUCGCUAUAUAUACUGUUUAAGGUUAAGCUUAAGGUCAUUUUUCUAUUAGUGCUUAUUCAAAUAGAAGGAGAGUGUGUGUGUGUGUGUGUGUGUGUGUGUGUGUGUGUGUGUGUGUGUGUUUGGUUGGGUUAAGAAUGUGAAAAUGUGUUUCAUUUUCACGUAACGCGUUUAAAAAACAUACCAUAUGAAGCAUUUGUUAACCGUGGGUAACUUAGCAAGUUACCAAGUCAGUCUAGUCUAGAGUGUCAUCAUAUAGGGAUGCUUCAGUUCAUCUAAACUCAAAUGUUGCCUUGCAAUGCUUAUCAAGUUUAUUAAAAUUUAUUGCUGAGUGAGUGUAUAAAACUGGGGAAAGCAUGCAGUUUUUUUAAAAAAUUGUUUUAUUGCUUAAAGUAUUACAAAGAGUAUUACAUAUGUCUCCCUUUUUUUCCGCCCUUGACAAUCCCCUGGCCUCCCCUACCCCCCAGUGUCUUAUGUCGUCCAUUGGUUAUGCUUAUAUGCAAAACAUGCAGUUUUAACAAAAAGCCUCCCCGGUCAUUAAGAUACAGUGUAGUUAGUGGUAUACUUUUGUUUCUUUUUAGCUCAAGUUGGGUGAUUCAUCAGUCCUGCAGCCAGUAACGCAGCUUGUGUUUUUUCUCUUGUGUAAGCUGGUGAUUGUGUCACAUCCCAAAGUUUUCCAAUAAGGACUCAUGAAUGGUGACAGCUGUUGUGUACAACCACUGUGCUCACCUCCUCCUUCGUGGUUCGGCGUCACCUAUAGAAGAUGGUGACCGGAAAUGAGCAGAACUGGGAUUUGUGAUCUCUAGUGUCUCUUUUUAAAAACUAAAGAGCACAAAGUUAUCAUUGUUGGGCUGGAUAAUGCAGGGAAAACUACCAUCCUUUACCAAUUUUCUAUGAAUGAAGUUGUACAUACAUCCCCUACAAUAGGAAGUAAUGUAGAAGAGAUAGUGAUUAAUAAUACACGAUUUCUAAUGUGGGAUAUUGGUGGCCAAGAAUCUCUUCGUUCUUCCUGGAACACUUACUAUACUAACACAGAGUUUGUAAUAGUUGUUGUGGACAGUACAGACAGAGAAAGGAUUUCGGUAACUAGAGAAGAACUCUAUAAGAUGUUAGCCCAUGAGGAUCUAAGGAAAGCUGGAUUGCUGAUUUUUGCUAAUAAACAAGAUGUUAAAGAAUGCAUGACUGUAGCAGAAAUCUCCCAGUUUUUGAAACUAACUUCUAUUAAAGAUCACCAGUGGCAUAUCCAGGCAUGCUGUGCUCUCACUGGCGAGGGAUUAUGCCAAGGACUGGAAUGGAUGAUGUCACGACUUAAACUUAGAUGAUCUCUACUGACUUCUUCUCAUAGACUUUAUAUAAACGAAGUGCUGGACUUUACCUGAAAGCUCCAAAAAUUAAUGGUUCGGAUAUAUUUAUAGUAAACUGAUUUAAACUUUUUCUAUAAGAAGAAAAAUUAAGACCACUUAUUUGAAAACGAAGAUGAAGCCUCACCUUCCAAUUGCUUUCUCGUUAGUUUCUUCCAAAGCCAGGUCUUAAAGCUGUGAUUGACAUUUUUCUCCUAAUGAAUCCUCUCAAGACAUUGUGUAGCCUGUGGUAAGUACAAAAGGAGAGGAAGACAUUUUUUAAAACUUUAAGAGCUUUAUUAUCAGUAUAACCCUCUUUUGUUGAAUGUUCUCUUUUUGUUCCAUUAAGUCAAAAUAUAAAUCAGCACAGAUACUCAGUUUCUGGUAUUUUAAAAUGUAAUGUUACUAAUGAAAAGUAUUUUGCAUUUGUGUAUGUAUUGUGUAUAUACCUCAACCUCAAGUUAAUGGCUUUGAUUUAUGUUCUAAAGAAAAGUGAAUAACAAAAAUUAAUAAUAUUCUUAAGUAUAACAAUAAUGGAAUGAAUACUGGCAUUGGUUUAAGUGCCAAUUUGUACUUUCCCCCUAUGCUCUCUGCAUUGUACUAAUCAACCCCCAAAAUCAUUGAGCUGCUCUUUAAAAAAAGAAAGAAAAAAAGUUUGACAUUGGAUACCUAUGUUUUGCUGUUCUUCAAAUCACAUACAUACAAACAUGUAAUCCAAUGAGUGGAAUAUCUAUCAAGUUCUUAGAAUUACUAAUGGGCACAAUUGCACAUUGAGCAGUUAUCUGAUUGUUCCCUUUAUGAGACCGUAUGCCAUCUAAAUUACUGAGUAAAUUGUUAAUCCAUUAAUCAAUUAUUAACUGUGAUUAAAAUUACCCACUGAUUUUCAGCAUUAAUGGAAAACUGUUGUGUGAAAUGUCUAUCCAGAGAAGUGUCACCUUAUAAAUAUUAUCAAAUAAUUUAGCUAGAUUCUUCUUAAGUAUUAAAUUAUUUGUCAAGCAUUUAAAGUGAAUUUGAAAUGAAAAUUAAAGCAUAUUUUCCAAGCAACAAAGAUAAAUUAUUCAUUUGAACAUUUUUAAUUCUUAACUUUUGAAAUAGUUUGAGAUUUUUUAUUUCUAUGUUUUCUUUUAUCUUCUUAUAACACAUGAAUGUAUCGCUUGGCAAGUAUAAAAUUUAAGAAUUUGUUUUAAAAAUUGAUCAACAUAAUGCAUUAUUUUUUCUAAGAAAUAACUUGCCCCAAAACACCUUCUAUGUUCGUGUAGGUUUUUGUUUUUUUUUCAAUAUCUGAAAAGUCACAAGUAUUUCUGUUGUAACUGUAAACACUUACCUAACUAAAUGUGUUCAGAUAUAUUCUUGAAUAUGCAGUCCCUGAAAAUCUGAACAGUAAUCCAAGCUGGCAUGUUUUAGAAUAUUCAAGAAAAAAAUAAUUCCUUUUAAUACCAGCCUUUUAGAUUUUGUGAAGAUUUUGAUGAGGGAUAAAAGUAUAUACUGUAAGCAUUGACAAAACUUUAGAAGUUCCUUUCUACAAAAUUAAAAUGCUCACUAUCUAAGUUCAACUUGGGCAUAGGAGAUGAUCAGUGUUUAAUGUUGAAUGUUUUGUGUUUUAUAUUUAUAUUAUAAUGUUCAAAAUGCAAGUAUAAUAUUUUAUUAUUUGUCAACUUUUACAAAAGUAAAUUCUAAAUUACUAAGCUUUA